GAGAAAAUAUGACGACUGUGAAAGAGCGAGCUGCUGCUUUAAACCUUGCGGGGAAACUGUACAGCCCCAUGCACUAUCCUGCUGGUAAAGAACAUCAGCACAUGCUUGUUGCUCCGUGCCAGACCAGCUUCAUCUGGAGCAGACUGAUCUCUCACCUCCAGUCAGAGGUGAAGGUGAAGCGGCGACGUCACUUCCUGAAAUGUCAUGACAAUUGCUUUGUGGGGUCUGAUGCAGUUACUGUAAUCCAAGCCUACAUUGACCAGAGGAAGGUUUUGGGGAACGCUGAAGUGCCCAGAGCCAAAGCCGUGCGUGUGUGUCAGGCUCUACUGGACUGCAAGGUGUUUGAAGCAGUAGCGUGUAAACCAUUUGGGAAGGAGAGCAAGCUGUCAGAGUUUCAGGACAGCGUCAGCAGCCUGUACCGGUUUCUGAGUGCCCAGACUCCUGUGCUGAGCAGUGCAGAGAAUGUGCUUGCUUCUCCCAGCAAUGAGAGAGAAACAGACAGCCGACUACACAGGGAUGAUGACCCACUGUUCUCUCACAGUACUCCAGUAAAACCAGGCCACAUUAUGAACAUCCUGCUGGAGGAGAUUGACCUUAGCCUUAGCUUUCUCCAUGCUGAGGGUUUACCACAAUCAGUGGUCAGUAAGGUGUGGCAGGAGCAGACAGUUCAGCGGUUGCUGCAGCUGAUCGAGCUCCCUCUGCUGGAUGGUGUUCUGGACUGUGGAGAGUGUCCCCUUUCAGCUGGCAACAAUAAUGAGCCUGACAUUCUCUACACCAGUAACUAUCUUGACAGAGAAAUACUAAAGGCUUUCAAGGAAUCGCAAAAAGAUGAGUGGCUCUUGGCAGCAUUAGAGCUGAUGGACUUUCUGCCAGACCAGCAGGUGGUAGAGGUGAGCAGAGAGCUCCCCGGCCUUUCACUGGACGAUGAAGAUGAGGGUGAUGAAGAAUGUGGACAGAGACUCGCAGGCAUCCAGCAAUGCAAAGCUCUACUGUUUGAAAUCCUGGCUAAACACUAUGGACAGGCCAGUUUCCAGCCUCUCCUCCCUAGUGGACUGAAUGAUGUCUACACACACAUUACUGAACUUUUGGUGAAUGGGAAAUUUGACGUGGCUCUGGAGGUGUUACAGCUGUGUCUGAAGUUGCUUCCUGCGGCUAAUAGAGAAGAGCUGUACAGGCUGCUGAGCUUCAUGUCGCUGGCUGCAGACCCACAACACCUCCGCAUUCAUAAGGAGAUCGAGAAUCGAAUUUUUGUGAAGAAAACAUUUGGUAGAUCCAUAAUACAAAGCAAGAGCCUCUCAAAAGGCAAAGUGGACCUGCUUUUGCUCUUCAUGCUAGAUAACCAUGAGGACAUCUUGAAGAUCCCAGGUUCUCUGCACAAGCUGGUCAGUGACAAGCUGGACAACAUUGCAAAAAAGAAGGACCCCAACACACAGGGCCCUGCAUUCUGUCAGCAAAUUUCAAGUGAUGUGUACCACGAUACUGUAAAAAGUCUGACAAACACAGAGUUGAUCAUACUGCUCAGGAAUAUCGAUGAAAAUACAAAGUACUCCAUGAAGGAGAAGAAGAGACUGCUGGCACAGUUCUACAAAGGCCAUCCUGACAUUUUUGCUCAGUAUUUUGGGUCUAGACUGAGCACAGUCAGAUUGUCUGAAGUGUAAUUAUUUUAUCCUUUUUCAUGGAAAUGUUUAGACAUUUUAUGUAGAUUUUAAUUUGUUGAUUUUUACUUUGUAUGUGUUGAGAAAGAAGGUAAAUUGUUUUUUCUAAAUAUAUAAUGGUAUACUGAGAUGAUGCGAACACUAAUAAACACUUUUUAUAGAUUGGUGCAACAUUCAUUUCGAUGUCCAGAUCAAUUUGCAAUCCUAAAAACCUGAUAGUUUUCUCAUCGGCAUGGGUGCUUUUUACACUGGGUGCUUUUUGUGCCUCUUACUGUUAGACCGCCAUUACAAUUUAUUAGAGUAGGACAAAUUCAUUCAAGGUGUUUCUGUCUCAAAAGUACAUUUUUAGGUAGGGUAAAGUGUGCUAAAGGGAGAUCUUUUGAAAAUGGUAAUAUUUCUGAUUUACAGAAAUAGGAGUUACUUUUUGCCAUCAUGCCAGUUUCAUAAUCUUAAUCACUCUUAUUCUAUUCAAAAGCAAAAAUAAAUGCCAAACACUGUUCGAUUGGGACGUCUUUUGAAUUGCUGCUUCAGACCCUUUACUUGGAAUUUUAUGUACCUAUUUUAAUAUGCAUGAAUAUGAAAAAUAUUUUUAUGCAACUCUGUAGGGUGUUUUUUUGACAUUCCAUGCCCUUGCUAUCAUCCUUGGGUGUGGUGUUAUACCUCUCUCACCCUGCUGUUUAUACUCUUCUACCAACCUGCUCUUGUUAAGUAUGAUCAAAUGAAAAUGGCUAGACUGGUUUGAGCUGCCAGGAAGGAUCUAGUAACUCAAUCAUUCUUUACAACUAUGGUGAGAAGAAAUGCAUCUCGGAAUGCACAAAACAUCGAGCUUUGUGGUGGAUGGGACAAGAACAGGAAUCUGAGGCUCUCAUGGGAACAGACUCACCCAAACUGGACAAAUGGUCCAGGUGAUUUUUAUUAUUUUAUUUUUUUUAAAUCGCCUGAACUUUUUCCAGUCUUCAUCUGUCCAGUUUGGGUGAGUCUGUGCCCAUGAGAGCCUCAGAUUCCUGUUCUUGGCUGACAGAAGUGGAACUUGAUGUGGUCUUCUAUAGAUUUGUCAGCUCAGACCAGUCUGGUCAUUCUCCUCUGAUCUCUCUCAUUACAAGGUGUUUCAGCCGGCAGACCCUCGGUUCACUGGAUGUUUUUUGUUCUUUACACCAUUCUGUGUAAACUCUAGAGACCUUUCCAGUGUGUGUGACAUUUCCAGAAGAUCAGCAGUUUCUGAAAUACUCAAACCAGCCCAGCUGGCACCAACUUCCAUGCCAUGGUUAAAAUCACUAUCAAACUUUCUUCAUUCUAAUGCAGGGCUCGGGAACCUAUGGCUCUUUCAGUGAUGAGGUUGUUAGGGCAGUUAGCCCCCAGUGCUACAGUAGGGCCUCCCCUAGCCAAGGCUAUCCCAAGUUUUCAGCAAGCUGUCACAGGGCAGCAAAAAUCUGAUGCUUUCCCUCCAAUAGAAUGUGGAAAAGUUAACGUCACUAAAAGACCAUCUGGCAGCGUGGAAACUACUGCCAAAUGUGUCUCCAUGGGUUCUGUCUACUGUAGAAAAGGGUUACCAGGUCCAGUUCAGACCUUGGCAGCCAUUAUUUCCUGGUCUGCAAAAAAGAUGGGAGUAUGCAACCAAUUAUAGAUCUGCAUCAUCUGAACCAUGCUCUUCUGACAUACAGGUUCAAGAUGCUGACGCUCAAACUUAUCGUUCCACAUAUUCAGUUUGAGGACUGGUUUGUGACGAUACGUCUAAAAGACGCAUAUUUCCACAUAGAAAUAUUGUGCAGUCACAGGAAGUUCCUGAGGUUUGCGUUUGGAGGCAAUGCAUACCAAUAUCAGGUUCUUCUCUUUGGGCUAGUUUUAUCCCCUCGAACAUUUACAAAGUGCAUGGAUGCCGUUCUGGCUCCAUUAUGACUCCAGGGCAUCAGUGUACUAAACUACUUGGAUGAAUGGUUAAUU